GGGUCCUAAUCAAGAGGAUCCCCUGUGCUGAAAAGUCGCGAUCGUCAGUCGUGUUCUCUGCCUAAGAAUGUCGACGACGUUCGAUAUACUCAACGGUACAAGUGUUCUCCGCGGGAGCGCAGAUCUCGAGGCCGGAGUCAAAAGUGACUCGAAACCGCAGUUUCUCAGUUGCCACGGGAUAAGCGGUGCCAUUCUCGCUCCGGAGGCUCCGCCAUUCAGCAUCAGCCAUGGGAGCUGUGAAGCUCGUGUGGGUCACGUAAAUGUGGCAUUUGACGAGCCGAGCAAUGCCUCCAGUCAGGAAGGCGGCACAUCCUACCCGGUCAAGCUCAGCCCAGAUCCUGACCCCAUCGACCCCGCACAGAAGCUGGCUGUGGAAGUAAAUCGUGUCCGAUUCACUUACGAGUACGGCAAUCAGGAGAUGGGAGUUCUGAAAGGAAUCGAUCUCUCAGUGCCCGUAGGAAAAAUCUACGGGCUUCUCGGACCAAGCGGCUGUGGGAAAAACGCCCUGCUGAAGUGUAUCGUUGGCCGGAAGACACCCCAUGCAGGCAUGGUUCGGGUAUUCGAUCAGGUACCCGCGACACCAGGAGCAUUGAUCCCGGGUCCAGGAGUUGGCUAUAUGCCACAGGAGUCUGCUCUAUACCGUGAACAGACGAUCCACGGAAAUUUACAUCACUUUGGGCAGCUCCUAGGAAUGCCCGAAGAGCUCAUACAGAAGCGUAUCCAGUUCCUCCUCGACUUCCUGGAUCUCCCCAAAAUCAAGAAGAAGGUCGGAAAACUCUCUGGGGGUCAACAGAGACGAGUUUCACUUGCAGUCGCUCUGAUCCAUGAGCCCCCACUCUUGAUUCUCGACGAACCAACGGUCGGCGUGGACCCGCUGCUCCGUCAAGCGAUUUGGAAGUAUCUCGUGACGCUCACCCGCGAUCGAGGGAUGACCGUUAUCGUUACAACUCAUUACGUCGAAGAAGCCCGUCAGGCGGACGUCGUUGGUCUCAUGAGGUCCGGUCGAAUGCUAGCCGAAGAUUCUCCUGAGCGACUCCUGGAGGAUUUCCAUUGCGAAACCCUCGAAGACGUAUUCCUGCAAUUGUGCCUCGCGGAUAAGGAGGAGCGUGCAAUCACAGAUCCCCGAGAGAUGCUCGAGGUGAUUGGCGAGAAAAACGACGAUGACACCGUUACAUCCAUGGAAGUCCAAGGAGAAGUGAGCGAUCCAUACGCCAUCAGCGUAUAUUCUUCUUUGCUCUAAAUGGCGCUCGAUUCGCCCCCGGGAGAGGCACAGACUGCUUUCGAGGCGGUCAAGAGACACCGCGAGGCACUCUGGGAAGCUUCAUCACGAGAGCGGAUAGUUGCUCUCGUGAGGAAAAACAUUAUCCGAUUGAGGGGUAGUAAGCCCUACCUCCUCUUCACUUUCCUUAUACCGUCCUUCGUUACACUCUUGUUCUGCCUCUGUAUCGGGGCCGACCCAUACGAGCUGCCUGUGGCUGUUGUCAACUCAGACCGGAAUCCAGUUCAUUCGAAUGCAUUCCUGGAGACCCUUCCUCGGCACACUAUUGUUCAGCGACUCUACUCGAACCUUGACCUCGCGCUCGCCAGUGUGGCGCGUGGGGAAACUUGGGGCUCCAUACAUAUACGGCAAGACUAUUCGAGGGAGCUGAAGUAUCGAUUUAUUUCGGGAAUCGACGCCGACAACAAGACCCUGGAAGCGUCCACGAUCGACGUGUACAUGGACAUGACUAAUCUGCAGAUUGGCUUCAUUCUUCAGAAGACCAUACUGGAAUCUUUCCGCACAUUCUGUGAGGAUCUCCUCAGAGAAAUGGACAAGAAUGUCAAUUUGGCUCAACUUCCGAUUCAAAUCAAGGAGCCCGUCUACGGUGACAGGAAAUCAAACGCUACCGCUAGGACUUUCAUGACGCCCGGGAUUAUUCUCGCGAUCAUGUACAUCAUGGCCGUGCCGCUGACCGCCAUAUCGAUAAUCAUGGAAAAUCGCGAAGGCACCACGGACCGCUGCUGGGCAGCUGGCGUCAAGCCUCUCGAGGUCAUUCUUUCUCUCGUGGUGUCCCAGUCCUGCAUCGUUUGCGUGCAAUUAGUUUUGCUAUUCGCACUCGUUUUCAUCGGUUUCCAAACUCCCCUCGAGGGCUCAUUUACACUCGUCGUCCUCCUGACCUUCUUGCAAGGCAUCACUGGGAUGAUCUACGGACUUCUGAUCUCAACCAUUUGCGCUGAGGAACAAUCCGCGAUGAUGUUGGCGAUCGGCACGUUUUUCCCGAAUCUUCUCAUGAGCGGUGUAAUUUGGCCGAUCCAGUCGAUGCCACGUGUGGUUCGAGCAGUCGCUUACGGACUGCCUCAAACGAUUCCCAUCGAAUCGCUCCGCUGUAUAAUGUACCGCGGAUGGGGCAUAGACAAAUUCGAAGUAUGGAGCGGGUUUGUCAUAUCAAUCAGCUGGGCUGUUCUCCUUCUGCUCCUAACCCUCGCUGCUUCUAAAGCCAGAAAGUAG